AUGCACAGCUGGGCUUUUUACGCGAUUUUCGUCUGGCUGAUAAAUUUUUGUUUGCCCUUAUCAAACGCAAAUUUAAGUCUCUUAGAUGAUAAUUCGAUAGAACGACAUUGGCUGCUAGUACCAUCGUACUUGAUCCAAGAUAUCGAUGAUGAGAUGUAUUGGAAUCGUCUUAAACGUGCUGCUUUUCGACUCGGAAAGAAAUCAGUUGAUAUCAUGAAAAAAGCAAGAAUGCGACUUGGUUGA